CUCAAAGGCGCGUCCAUUUAGCUUUGGAAGAUGGAUACAACGAAGGACCAAGAAGAAACGACGCUCCACUCCCUGUUCGGUCGCAAGGUUGUCCGAGUCGGCGAUAAUCUCGCGGUGAAGUCGGGCAAGAAUCUCCGCUCCCACAAGCGCAAACACUUCGAUUUAUCGCGGCAAACACAACCAUCCCGGUUCCUAAAGUCCACGAUGUUCAAUGGGAAGAUGGCAAAGUCGUGGCUAUAGUGAUGGACUAUAUCCCUGGCCAGCGGCUCGACGAAGUGUGGGACACUCUAGACCCCGACCAAAAGCUCCCCAUUGCCGAUGAGCUAAAUUCCUAUCUCUCCCAACUUCGCGAGUUGAAAGGCGACUACAUCGGCGCUAUUGAUCGCGGUCCGGCUGUUAUUGGACGCCGUAUACCUAUCGAAUGUGGCCCGUUCGAUUCUGAGCAACAAUUCAAUGAGUUCAUCUUGGGGGAUGUUGUUCCGUCAGCACCGGAUUUACUACGGCAUUAUGCGAAAUUCGCGCUCGAGAAUAAUCAUCACAUUGUUUUUGCUCACGCUGACUUUGCACCUCGGAAUGUUCUUGUCGAUGGAGGUCGAGUCACUGCCAUCCUGGACUGGGAGGAUUCGGGGUGGUACCCGGAAUAUUGGGAGCAUAUUAAGGCGCUUGCACAGUUAAAACCGAUGCCUGACUGGCCGGAAUAUCUGGCCCGCAUUCUUCCUCCGGGGUUUGAGAGAGAAUAUAUAGGCAUGUCCUUUCUAGCUCUGUUCUUACGACACUAACAAAAAGCCCGGGUGAACCGGUUAUGUGC